AUGUACGGAUUCCCAGAUCCCAAUCUACUUCAAGCGCCUUCCUACUUCAAGAACCGACACGCUGUUGCUGUGUUUUGUUAUUCCCUGGGGGGGCCUGGACCCAAUCAACUCAAUCCGCAUUCCUACUUCAUGUUUGUACCUACUUCUUCCGACCGAUGUGUGCACGUGCUGGAUUGGGCGGGGCGGCGACCGCUGAAGGUGUACGUUGCCAGUGAUGACGAUCAAGCUGCUGGCAUCUUGCGGGAGAGGCUCGACAGGUCCGAGGGCGUCGCCAAGGUUGUUGAGCAGCAGCGCCUGGCAGACAGUGCGUACCAGUGGAACGAGGUUUACGAGGACGAAGCUUCUCUACAAGCGCUGCUCGCGGACAUAGAGGGCCUGCGCAGAGCAAAG